AUGAAUGGCGGUUCAGGUGCCAUGUCGCCUGUAUCUGUCGAUGGAAGCGACUGGUCUGGCCUGAACCAGUAUGGAAAGUCCGAGUCGCCCUUCUCGCCCACAUUCCCUUCAUCCCGACCCAAUCUAGCCACACCCCCGACCUCCGGCGUACCCAGCGCACCCUUGAGCCCCAAUGGACCACCUCCCUCUCUCUCCCCGUCGAAUUUGAGCAGCAAUCCCUCCCCGCCCAGCUCCAUCGCAGCCAGAUCCAGUUCCGGAACCCUGGGAGAUGGUCCACGCGAUGGACGGCGCUACCGCCAGAUGGAAGAAAUCCUGGGGCAACACUAUGUGGUCUUGAGACGAUUCCUCGCCGGUACCGCUCGCGACGACCGGGGCCAAUCGAACAAGGCUCGCGAUAAAUUACAACGCCUGUCACCGACCCAGUUCCACGAACUUUCGACCGACGUAUACGAUGAAUUAAUUCGGCGGCAGCAGGCCUCGCCGCCUCCCGGUCGACCACCUCGUCCGGAUGUGCCUCCUCACCUUCCUCCUCGCUCGGAUUUCCACGAGAAGCGCAACUCGGCCCGCGAGAGGCUCGCGGCGCUUACACACGGUCGGUUCCGGGACCUGGUCACAGAUGUCUUCUGUGAGCUGGGACGCCGGUUCCCUCAUUUCAACAGUCGGGAGCACCAGGGUCGACCGCCUCCCAAUAUGGGCCCUCCCAGCGCUCGCACCUCGCAGUCCUCUCGGGGCCCUCCGUCGCGCAUGGGACGGGGAUAUCCCUCUGGUGGACCGCCGGGCAGUCCGUUCCCGCCGCGAAGUGGCUCCAUGGGAGGCCCACCCUCCAUGAAUGGAGACGGUCCGUUCCCCCGGUCCUUCCAGAGUAACACGAUGGUCCCGAACAAAAGUACAAUGGUCGAAGACAGCGAUGACAUGGGACCGGAUGACGAGGAUGACGCUCGGAGCGAUGCCUUCGCUCUGGACGCCGUCCUGAGUCGACGAGGCACCGCCACGACCUUGGGCGACAGUGAGCGAAGGAUGUUAAUGGAAAGUCAGACGCAGGUAUCAGCCUUGCAGGACAAGAUUGAGAAAUUGGAAGAACUGGUUCGCGCCAAGGACGAGGAGCUUGCGCACUCCUCACAGGACGCGGACUCCUCUGGCAUCAGCCACAGCGAAAGGCAGGAGUGGGAUGAUUUGCGCCAUGAGCUUGAGAGCAAGGUCUCAAAAGCAGAGGACUUGAACAGCUCGCUUCAGCUCGAGCUUGACCGAGUCAGAACGGAGCAUGACACCAUGGAGCGAGAUUUGCGCAGCCAGCUUGACGAAUCCUCCCGGGAGGGUGAAGAUAAGGGUCUUCAAGUCCGCUAUCAGGAUUUGGAACACCAGCACCAGACCCUCCAGUCGGAGCUGCAACAGCAAAAACAAGUGACCGAUGAGGUUCGUCGUGAGGCAUCGGUCUUCCUGGAGGAAAUGAAGGCUCUCACGGCGGACAGUCAUACCAGUUGGGAGCGCGAAGAACACCUCUCCAAUGAGGUUCAUAGACUUGAAACAGAAGCCAAUGAUUGGAAAAAUCGUUAUGCGAAGGUCAAGUCACAAAUGCGACAUCUUCGUACCUCGUCCGGUGGCUUUGCCGACUCUCGCCCCGAUGCCAGCAUUCUCACCAAAGAGCAUGAGCUGGUACAGGCUGAUGGGUUGGUCAAGGAUAUCCAUGUGACCAAGUUCCAGAUGUCGGUUGAUGAGCUUCUGCGCAUUGCUCGGUUCGAGGACUCGCGUCUCGCGCUUCAGCAGAUCAAAAUGGUCAUUGCGACAGUUCGCCAUAUUCUCCAGGACGCGGACCACUCCCCGAUCCCAGUGGAUGGGUCAGCUGCCGUUCGGACCAAAGCCAAGGGUCAAGUGUCCACCACAGCGAACAACAUGAUCGUCGCCACGCGGAACUUUGUCGACUCCAGUGGACUCUCGCCCGUGUCGCUUCUCGACGCGGCGGCCUCCCAUCUUUGCACCGCGGUAAUCGAGCUGAUUCGAGUGGUGAAGAUCCAGGCAUCACCGGCUGAUGAGCUGGAGGACGAAUAUGACGAGGCGGAUGUGUCACAGGAGCAAUUCCCUGACUACUUUGAUACAUCCGCCAGCCAGAAGCGGAUGAGCAAUAACUCUGUGUACAGUGCGAUGAGCCGCCCGGACGAGGAUCAAUUCCCCGUGCAGAACGGAGUCAACAAUGGUAUCAAUAACGGCUGGGGACACGUGGAAGAGGAUCACGACGUAUUGGAGCUGAAGCUCUACGUUGAAGACCAAACCGACGGCAUGGUCCAGUCAAUCCAGUCCCUGGUUGCCAGCAUCCGGGCCGAGGACAAACUCCGUACUGUCCAGACCCAUGUCUCUGCUAUCCUGGGCGUGCUUGCAAACGUCGUCGGCGCCACAGAGCACCUCAUGCACGAGCGGAGCGCCGACCUCGCUCUCCGCGAAGCCUCCGAGCCAGCAAUCCUGGCCCUAGGUCAAUGUCGCAGCCGACUCGAGACUACCAUUAAUGAAGGCGAGGAUGCCAUGUCUGCCCAAGAGCUGCGGGAGGUCACCAACAAGUUGCCCCCGAUUGCAUUUGAGAUUGCUCGGCAAACAAAAGAUCUUGUUCAGCGCCUCGAAGCUACUUCUGCCGAAGAAGAUGAUUUCCGGUAA